CGGCGGCGGCGGACGCGGCCUGAGGGAGCGGCGGGCGGGGCGGCGCCUGGCCCGGCAGGGCCGCGCCGGCUGAGGGGCGUCCAUGGCGCGCGGGCCUCGGCGGGGCGCGGCCGCGGCCUGAGGGCGGCCAUGUCCGGGGUGGUGCGGACCCUCAGCCGCUGCCUGCUGCCGGCCGAGGCCGGAGCCCGCGAGCGCAGGGCCGGCGCGGCGCGCGACGCGGAGCGCGAGGCCCGACGGCGCAGCCGCGACAUCGACGCGCUGCUGGCCCGCGAGCGGCGCGCGGUCCGGCGGCUGGUCAAGAUCCUGCUGCUGGGCGCCGGCGAGAGCGGCAAGUCCACCUUCCUCAAGCAGAUGCGCAUCAUCCACGGCCGUGAGUUCGACCAGAAGGCGCUGCUGGAGUUCCGCGACACCAUCUUCGACAACAUCCUCAAGGGCUCGAGGGUGCUUGUGGACGCACGUGACAAGCUCGGCAUUCCCUGGCAGCACUCUGAGAACGAGAAGCACGGGAUGUUUCUGAUGGCCUUCGAGAACAAGGCAGGGCUGCCUGUGGAGCCUGCCACCUUCCAGCUCUACGUGCCAGCCCUGAGCGCACUCUGGAGGGACUCCGGGAUCAAGGAAGCCUUCAGCCGCAGGAGCGAAUUCCAACUGGGUGAAUCAGUGAAAUACUUCCUGGAUAACUUAGACCGGAUUGGCCAGCUGAACUACUUCCCCAGUAAGCAAGACAUCUUGCUGGCCAGAAAGGCCACCAAGGGAAUCGUGGAACAUGACUUCGUUAUAAAGAAAAUCCCGUUUAAGAUGGUGGAUGUGGGUGGCCAGAGAUCGCAGCGCCAGAAGUGGUUCCAGUGCUUUGACGGGAUCACGUCAAUCCUGUUCAUGGUGUCCUCGAGCGAAUACGACCAGGUCCUCAUGGAGGACAGGCGCACCAACCGGCUGGUGGAGUCCAUGAACAUCUUCGAGACCAUCGUCAACAACAAGCUCUUCUUCAAUGUCUCCAUCAUCCUCUUCCUCAACAAGAUGGACCUCCUGGUGGAGAAGGUGAAGUCGGUGAGCAUUAAGAAGCACUUCCCGGAUUUCAAGGGGGACCCGCACCGGCUGGAGGACGUCCAGCGCUACCUGGUCCAGUGCUUUGACAGGAAGCGUCGGAACCGUAGCAAGCCCCUGUUCCACCACUUCACCACUGCCAUAGACACCGAGAACAUCCGCUUCGUGUUUCAUGCCGUGAAGGACACGAUCCUGCAGGAGAACCUGAAAGAUAUCAUGCUGCAGUGAGAGAGACAGCCCCUCUGCCGUCCUCUCGUGGCCUCCAUGGCCUGUGGUCACAUGUCUCUGGUGUGUCGUCGCCUGCAUGGACCUGCAGUGGGCAUUGAAUCCACACCAUCUAAUCCCUGGCUCAAGAAUGCUGGACUACCAGCCACACCAGUGAGCUCCAGGCAAGAGGACGUAGGAGUGUCAAUGAUAGCUACUGAAUCCGGGGACUGUGAAACUACUGAAACCACGCCAUCACUCUCUGGUGGGGAUCUGUAAAACCUGGUAACACGGCUUUUUCCCUCCUUACAGAAACCAUUCCUUGCUGACACACUUACCCAAGGUUCAGGCACACAUGUCCUCUCAUUCAUGACAGAAACACAAACCCAGCUGGCCUUGCCACUGGCUCUUCCCUCUGACUUGCAGGUCCUCACUGAGACACACUAACUCGGAAGCUUAGCCUCACGUUAGGCUAUAGAGGGGCAUGUGAUGCUGCUAAGCUCAGAGUGUCCAAGCUCAGGCCACAGUGCCACCCAUGCAAAAUGAACACACUGCCUUUAAAAUUGUGCCAACACCCUCAGAGUUCCCACCGCAGGCAUAUCCGGAGGAGCCCGGUGUCCCCGCUCCCGCUGUAGAGAACAAAGUGGGAGUUGUGACACUGCCUUCGUGCACCAGCAGCCACUCCCCUGUCUGCAUGCCCAGCAGGGAGGGCACUAGAUGGGAGGUGGCCUCUGGGGCGGCUGGGGCUAGCCUGUGGCUCCAUACUGGUGCUCUCUACUCUUUCCCCCAUCCCUCCACAGCCAGUGGCAAAGACACAGAACCAAGUGGCCUUGUAGGUGGCUCUUAUGCCUUACUUGACCGUUGGUGGCAUGUAGCAUCCUCUGUCCUGGGUUCUGAAAGCAGGCCAGAGAGAUGUUCUGCAACUCCAGAGCAUCUCCAUGCCUUGGCUGCUUGGUGGGCCCCAGCCACUGGCCCUUCAGGAGAAGCCCUGGACUCUGCACACCACCCUCACCAUUGCCUUCACAGUGCGCUCUGCUCUCGGAGUUGCUGGCAGGCCGCCUUCCUUCACAGUGCACACAAAGCCAAUAGGCACCCUCUGAACUCUGGGGACAUCAGCACAACAUCUCAGCCUGGCCUGCCCAGCUUCCUGGCAAGUGUCACACUAUUUUACAAUAUAUUGCAUUCCAAACCUG